AUGUUAUCCCAUAGAUGGGGAUGGGAAGAGAAAGAGAAAGAGCCGCUGCUGCAGGACAUCCAGGGCAAGAUUGUAUACAAGCUGAAUUCGCCUGGUGGUAUCGUAAAGUUGCGAAAGUUCUGCGAAAUUGCUCGUGAUGCGGGUUACCACUGGGCAUGGAACGAUACAUGCUGUAUAGACAAGAGCAGCAAUGUCGAGUUGCAACAAUCGCUCAACUCUAUGUUCAUCUGGUAUCAGCAUUCUGUGCUUACAAUUGUCUAUCUUUCGGAUGUUCUGCCUUCAUCUAAAUCUGGCGCUCUGGAGAGGAUUAUUAUCUUUUAUCAGAAGGAUUGGACCCCAUAUCUCAACAAUCGCUGUCGCAACCACAAAAAGUCGACUGCAAUAAUGAAGGAGUUGGAGGUUGUGACUGGUAUUGAUCGACAGGCCCUCAUCAACUUCUCCCCAGGGAUGAGCGAUGCAUGA